AGAAAGCUUGGUGGCAAGCAAGCAGUAGCAGGGGUGGAAGGAAUAUCUCAAAGGGACAGCGGGCCCAACAUCAGCGGUGUUGGUGUGGUCACGUGGCAAUGCAUCAAUCUUGUAACGUUCAUGCAACCACACGCCACCCGGCUGUGCCCCAAGUGGUGACAGACAAGACCCAUCGUCAAACCUUUGCAACCCAAAUUUAACAACUUUCUCAUCAUCAUCUCACCCACUUGUUUGAUUUCUUUGAAAAGAUUGUGUUUUUCUUUUGGGGGAAUUUGGGUUUUCAACUUAUUAGGCGUUUAACAAACCAGAUUCUGAUCUUCAUAUCAACUCAACUGCUACUCUUCAUACAUCUUUUGACCAGGAUUGAUUUUGAGUAUCCCUGGCCUGGCCUUACCUUCAAGCUACCCACUCUGCUUUUUGUGUUGGAUCAAUCUUUCUUGAGUUAAAUCACUAACUAAGCGCCCAACAAUGGAAUGAAUGGAGGGGUUUUUUCUUUUCCUUCUUUUUUUUUUUUUCUCCCUUUUUUCAUGUGGGUGUCCGGGGGAUUCAUUUGGUUGUGUUCAUUUAAUUUGUGUUAUGAAAAAGAAAAUUUUGUUGGGAAGAAGGGAAAAAAAGGGAUAAAUUUGUGGUAGCCUGUCUGCGAAGCUCGAGUGUUUUUGGUACUCCUACCUUUGUCUGUUCCCAACUUUCAACUCUCUCAAUUUCUCUCUCUUUCUCUCUCUCUGCAAUUAUUUUCAGCCCUUUAAAAAUCAGUUCCUUAUUCACAGUACACUAAACCCAACCCAACCCAACCCAACCUCAAGAUGCGCCUCUGUCUCCCUCUUUUCCAUCUUCUUCAACCUUCUCCUCUUUGCCCAUCUUUUUUUAUGAACUAAUGCUUACAAGAGCUUUUGUAGAUUGGUGGUUUUCUCUAGAAUGGACUUUGGGGUAGUGGGGUUGGAUAGUUUUGUGGAUUCUAGCGAUGCCCCUUCUCCUUACCCUGAAACUAAGCUCAAAUCUCUUGGAUCUGCUUUCUCUAAGCAGGAUAGAUCUGGGUUUGUUGAUGAUGAUGACUGGAGCAACUCCAAGAUUCCCAAAACUGAUACCACUCUCUCCGCUUCUAAGACAAUGCCGCUUCAUCAAGGCUUCCCUUUGCUGAGAUCUAAUGCUUUGCUCUCUACUGAUGGCCGCCAAAAGGAACACAUGCUUAGCUUCUCUUCACUCAAAUCUGACACUUCCUUGCAGACUAAAGACUCUGAGCUGAUUGCAAGGAAUCUCCAAACCUCCAUUUACCCUUACCAUCAACACAAAUCUUCACCCUACUCUAGAAAUACAGGAUGUGUUUCUGGAAGCUAUAGUGGUAGCAUGCAUGGGGCUGUAGCUGGGAUUAGAGCACCAUUUACACAAUCUCAAUGGAUUGAGCUUGAACAUCAGGCAUUGAUCUACAAAUACCUCUCUUCAAAUGUGCCUGUUCCUUCUAAUUUGCUCAUUCCCCUCAAGAAAUCUCUAUAUCCCUAUGGCUUGACCUGCUCUUCUGCCGGAUCCUUGCCUCCAAACACAAGGUGGGGUUCUUUUCAUUUGGGUUUCUCUGGCAACACUGAUCCUGAACCGGGAAGAUGUCGUCGAACCGAUGGAAAGAAAUGGCGGUGCUCUAGAGAUGCCGUUGCUGAUCAGAAGUAUUGUGAAAGGCAUAUAAAUAGGGGCCGCCAUCGUUCAAGAAAGCCUGUGGAAGGCCAGACUGGCCAUUCCGUCCCUGGGACCACUAAUCCAACAGCCAUGGUGGCAACGAUGACUACAUCGUUGUCAUCAACGGUGAUGCCCAGCGGCGGUGCAUCCAACAAUAACCUCCCUAUCAUUCAACACCAACACCAACUCAAGAGUUUGCAUCCCGGUGCUGCUUCCAAUCCUGGUGUUGACGCCCCUGUCAACAGGUUGCUAAACAAAGAAACUGUGUGUAGCAGAAUCCAGGAGCCUGGGGGCCUCUCAAUGAUGUCUUCCACCGUCAACCUUAUGUCAUCUAGUGAUAAAUCUGGUGCAAAACAUGAGAUUUCAUUAGGAGAAUCCACACAAUCUGAAUUUGGACUUGUUUCCACUGAUUCCCUCCUAAAUCCUUCACAAAGGGGCUCUUAUGCCAAUCCCAAGAACUUCGACUCGUUCCUAAUCUUCAACGACCAGGAAACUCAAGACCAAGCCCAACAUCCACUUAGACAGUUCUGUGAAGACUGGCCCAAGGAUCAGUCGAGUCGUUCGGUCAUGACCUGGCCAGAAGAAUUUAAGUCGGAUUGGACACAGCUCUCCAUGUCGAUACCAAUGUCGAAUUUCUCGUCAUCAUCAUCCUCACCAACCCAGGAGAAGCUAGUUCAAUCCCCACUCAGGUUGUCGAAGGAGGAGGUUGAGCCAAUGGACAUGAAUUUGGGGGUAAGCAGGAAUGAUGGUGAGGUAGCUCAAAAGCAAAUGUCUUGGGGAGGUUCAAUGGGGGGUCCUCUAGGAGAGGCAUUGACAAACGCCAACAGCUGUGUGAAGGAAAGUAAAGUGCCACCAUCACUGAACCUGUUGGCUGAAGGAUGGGAUGGUGGUCAGCUCGGAUCAUCGCCUACCGGUGUGUUGCAAAAGGCGACGUUCUGUUCCCUGUCGAACAGCAGUUGAGAGAAAAAGGCAGAUUGGUAAAGAAGGAAUGCAAAAAAUGGUGAACAGGAAAAGAUUGAGAAAAAUGGGAAGCAAGUAUGGAUUGAAGUCGGGACCUUUUUCUUUUUAAUUUUGUUCCAUUUGCUUUGCCAGCUCACUCUAAUAUAUUAUUUUUUUUUUUUACCUCUUUUUUCCAACUGAUUUCUUUGUUUGUUUGAUUUUCAAAAGUAUAUUGACUUGUGCUUAAUUAUAACUCCAAUAGGGAAUUCACGGUUGUUUUC